GUCCCUCUCCUUCUCCAUUCUUUCACAAACAAAAACAAAUCAAAAAACAAAGAAUUCAGUUAUAAACACGUCGAAAAUUUGUUUAAAUUAUUGAAAGAUUUGAAGAUCGCUUCCGUUUUCUUCGAUGAGCACCAUUGCGGAGAUCACAUUACAUUGAUCCAUUGAAGAAUCUGGGGUUGGUUGUUGGAUACUGAUUGAUUACCUUGAGGAGGAAACUGAAACAAAGGAGAAACACAUGAAUAUAGAGCACUUUUGUUUAUACUAGAUGAAGGUACCUAAGGAGUGGCGAUUAGGUAGCAUGGGUGAUACUAAGAUCUUGCCUGGAUCUCGCCAUCGCUCUCCUUUGAAGAGGCCAAUAUGGAUUAUUUUAAUGGUUUCUUUUGUCAGCCUUUUUCUAGUUUGUGCUUACAUCUAUCCACCGAACAGCGAUGUUGCAUGUUAUGUAUUUUCUUCUAGAGGUUGCAAGGUCCUUACUGAUUGGCUUCCUCCUCCUAAAAGGGAAUUAACUGAUGAGGAGAUUAUUUCACGGGUUGUGGUUAGGGAUAUUUUGGAUACACCUCCAGUCGAAUCCAAAAAUCCUAAAAUUGCAUUCAUGUUCUUAACUCCAGGUUCAUUGCCAUUUGAGAAGCUUUGGGAUAUGUUCUUCCGUGGUAAUGAGGGAAGAUUUUCUGUUUAUAUCCAUGCAUCAAAAGAAAAACCAGUGCAUGUGAGCCCUUACUUCCUUAACCGGGAAAUUCACAGUUCUCCGGUUACAUGGGGAGCAUUUUCUAUGGUUGAUGCAGAGAGACGAUUAUUGGCAUAUGCUCUAAAAGAUCCUGAUAACCAACAUUUUGUUUUACUCUCUGACAGUUGUAUUCCAUUGCAUAAUUUUGAUUACGUCUACAAUUAUCUAAUGCAUGCUAAUAUGAGUUUCAUUGACUGCUUUGUGGAUCCUGGACCUCAUGGAAAUGGCAGGUAUUCAACACGCAUGUUACCUGAAGUAGAAGAGAAAGACUUCAGAAAGGGUGCACAGUGGUUCACAAUGAGGCGGCAGCAUGCUCUGCUAGUCAUGGCUGACAGUCUUUACUAUUCAAGGUUUCGGGAUUACUGCAGGCCAUUUGCGGAUGGCAAAAACUGCAUUGCCGACGAGCAUUACCUCCCAACCUUUUUCAAUUUGGUUGACCCCGGUGGCAUCGCAAACUGGUCAGUAACGCGCGUUGACUGGUCUGAGAGAAAAUGGCACCCUAAAUCAUACAGGGCACAGGAUGUUACAUAUGAUCUUCUAAGGAAUUUUACGUCGAUUGACAUGACCACCCAUAUAACAAGUAACGCUGGGGGCGAAGAGCUGCUACAACCUUGUAUAUGGAACGGUACCAGACGACCAUGUUACCUAUUUGCAAGGAAAUUCUAUCCAGAAACCUUAGAUAAAUUGGUGACACUCCUCAAUUUUUGACUGAAUACUUUGGUGGGAUCGGUCAUAUUUUCUUCGUUCCAUCUCGUUUUUACGUAGAGGUUUAUACAUUUGUAAAUGGCUUGUUUUGCAAUCACACAAUUCUUGAGUGCAAGGGUAACAGGAAGAGAACAACGAGGAUGACAAUCGAACAAGGCCGGAGGGCAACGAGUUUGUUAGGGUUGCGUCCUUCCGGACAGGUAAUUUAUUGUCCAUUUUCUCCCACAUUUUGUGCCAUUGAUCAUAUAUGAGAAAGAACAUGGGGGAAACUCUUGUUUUUUCUUCUGUAAAAGUUGCAAAACAUAACUGGUGCACCCUUUUCUAGAAAUAUAAA